GCGAGCCUCUCUUGUUGAGUGCGCGGAGGCGCGGUGGCGACUUUCGUUGGGUUUGCUCCUGCGGGGAGGCAAGGCGAGACGUGGGAGCCGGGAAAGCCGAGAGAUCGGGGGUCCCAGCUCUCAAUGCAUCAUCUUGUUCGACAGCCAUGCACAGGAAACAUCUCCAGGAAAUCCCAGAUUCAGGCAGCAAUGUCAGCGUGGGUUUCACAUGGGGAUGGCAUCCCAGCAAGACUUCAGAAUUGCUCUCUGGCAUGGGGGUGUCUGCCCUUAAAGAUAAGCUAGGCAGUGAAAACACCCCUCAGGAGCAGCUAACGUGUGUGGGCCCACCUCUGAAACAAGCAAAAGUGAAGGAUGCAGAGUUUGUGAUUGCCCGCCGACCCAGGUCCCUUCGAGAGACAGCAACAGGUAUAUCUUGGGAUGCCUUGCCUGAUGAACUGCUGCUUGGAAUCUUUUCAUAUCUGCCCCUGAUUGAUCUGCUAAAAGUUUCGCAGGUUUGCCGGAGAUGGCAUCGACUUUCGGUUGACGAGUCACUCUGGCAGACUCUUGAUCUUGCAGGGAAAAUUCUUCUUCCUGGAGUGAUUGGCCAGUUGUUACCCUUGGGUAUAAUUGCCUUCCGUUGUCCAAGGUCCUCCAUUGGGAAUCCUUUGUUUAAAACAAACAGACCUCUUCAGGUGCAACAUAUGGAUCUGUCCAAUUGUACAAUAAAAGUUGCAGAUCUUCAGUGUAUUCUUGGCAGGUGCCAGCAACUGCAGAACCUCAGCUUGGAAGGACUUGUGCUUUCUGAUGACAUAAUUAAAAAUACAGCGCAGAACUCCAGAUUAGUGCGACUAAACCUCUCAGGCUGUUCUGGGUUCUCUGCAGAAUCUUUGGAGAUGAUGCUGGACAGCUGUUCCAGGCUAGAAGAGUUGAACUUGGCCUGGUGUGACUUCACAACUGAUCACAUAAGAGCAGCAGUCAAUCACAUCCCUGCCAGACUAACACAGCUAAACCUCAGUGGAUACAGACAGAAUCUACUGAUGACAGAUGUUAAAAUAUUACUACAGAGGUGCUCCAGCUUAGUCCAUUUAGAUUUAAGUGACAGUGUUAUGUUGAAGCCUGAGUGCUUUCAGUAUUUUCACCAGCUGACUUACCUUGAGCAUUUGAGUCUCAGUCGAUGCUAUCAGAUACCUCCUGCAGCCUUACUUGAUCUAGGUGAAAUCACUUCACUCAAAAGCCUUCAGGUUUUUGGAAUAGUGACUGCCAGCUCCCUACCGCUUCUAAAGGCAACGCUUCCUCAUAUAAAGAUCAACUCCUCUCAUUUUACACCUAUUGCAAGGCCCACUGUCAGUGGCAAAAAGAAUCAAGAGAUUUGGGGAAUUCAGUGCAAACUAAGCUUGAAAAAUCCAGUUGGCCUUUAACAGGAUUGAAAGACACUUUCAGCUUGCAACAUUCCUCAAAGGCUGGACUGUUGAGUUCUUCAAAAGUUGUUUUAACUGCUUAAAGUGACUCAAACUCAAUUUAGGGGCAAGUUCUGUCAAGUGGUUUAUCAGUCAUUUGUAUUUUUUCUUUUUUAAUGAAGUCAUGCCAAUCAUGUAUAAAUAACAAAUGUUUUACCCUCCCAAAACACCUGCCUCUGGAAGUACUAUUUUAAAACAACUUUAAUGUGAUUGUUAGAUAAACUCUUUUUCAUAUAGUCUGUUACCUAGCUCAACUACAUAAAUCGUAUUCCUAUGGGAAUGUGUCACUGAUACCAUAUAUAAUAUUGCUGGAAUGCUUCAAGAAUGUGAUUUCAAGUUUAAGUGCAGCUACCUUCAGUUUCUUCUUAUUCCAGUGUGAUUGAGAUGCAGGAUGAAUAUGUUCUUAGAGAACCAUUUUUGGUAGUUCACAAGGUUUGCUUGAUAAGCUGCAUCUUCUCACUACUGGAAUAUAGUAGCUACUGCAGGGAAAAGGUCCCUUAACUGAAAUAUCUCUGACAUGGCAGCAGAAAUGCAGUCAGGGAAUAUUAAGUUGAUACAGGCCUAAACUACUUUUAAGAGAAAUGUAUGACAUGGGAAUUGGCAUAUUGCUUACCUUAGAUCUCUCUUCCUCUGUGUAGUUUACCAAAGAAAACAGCUUUUUGGGAGGAAAAAAUGUUUGUUGUUUAAAAUAGAAGCAUGCAUGCAGCAGGUUGUGUUGGAAUUAUAAAAUGGUUCUGAAGUAACUGAGAUGUCCCUGGGGGUAGCCUGUUUUUCUGCAGCAAACACAAUCUUGUGGAAACUUCAGAACACAUGACAUGGUUUUGUGGACUGCAGCCCACUUCACCAGGUAUGUAACUUGUUAUCCUGAGUUUCAAGUUCAUACACAGUGGGGAAGUGUAUAUAUUGUCAAAUCCCUAUGACAUCACUGUCUGUAACUUCCCCACCCAUUUGGUUUUGUUGUUUCAAAUGCAUAACAUUUUGUGUAUUUGAAUUGGUCUAUAACCCACAAAAGCUUAAAUCAUAAUAAAUUUAAGUCUUUCAAGUGA